AUGAUUAUGAAACUUGAAUCCCAAAUUACUUUCUUGUUAUUGCUAAUGUUUCAGUCAGCUGCAGCAUUUGUACCAGCUCGUAUAGCAAAUUCUACUUGUACAAAAUACAUGUGCGGAAACAUUAGUAUUCCAUACCCUUUCGGGAUCGGAAAAGAUUGCUACAUGGAGGAAUCUUUUAACAUUGAAUGUGAUGAAACUUCCAACCCGCCAACAGCAUUUUUAAGCAGAGUUAGAAUGGAGUUGCUCGAAAUUUCACUUCCAAACAGUGCUGUUGUUGUGAAAGUACCAGUUAUAUCCAAGUUCAAUUCUUCUGGUGUCCAGGAAGGUGCACCCCUGAAUUUGACUGGAACCCCUUUCUUCUUCUCCCCAGGCAAUUCUUUCAUUGCAGUGGGUUGCAAUACUCGAGCAAAGUUUUGGACUGGUCACGGAUCUGAGCAUAUGGGCUGCGACUCAAUCUGCUUAGACAGUAUUUCCAAUAUUUCUGAUUGGCGAGAAACCUUUGCCAGUUCUGGUAAUGAAGAUUGUCCGGAUAUAAGCAUUCCUUUCAAACUUCAGGAUUUUAAAUCAAGUUUAGAGCCCAAAGAAUAUAAACAAAGAAUUGAAGGGCCUAACCAAGCCUUCUUAGCAGACCUAUCUUGGUUUGAAGGCAAGAUGAUAAAGAGUCAGCUAGAAAUGAAGAAUUUGACAAGCAUGCCGAUUUUGAUGAAUGUGAAAAUGGAACUGUUUGCCACCGAUGGACAAGAUGCUCGAAUACAAAAGGAUCAUUCAAAUGCGAGCUUGAUGCAUUUCGAAUUAGCAUUUUAG